GCAGAGCGUAAAUACCCGAGAGAGGGAACUCAGAAGAAUUUCAUGGGACGGAUUGCUGUAAAGUAACCACACCACGGAGCAACAGAUAUCGCUAUUCGGUCAAUUAUCUCUUUCUCGUGCAUCAGCACAGUCCUGGCUAAGAGUCCAAAUCGAGAGCGUGUAUCAUUCCGGAAUGCCCGAGAGGAAGAGCGCGGAACACCGCAGCUUUGAGGCUUCAACACCGAGAGCUCCCGCGGAGCAGAUGGUGCCGAAAAAAUGACUCGUGUUCUCUCCAUCUUCGCGUACUUCUUCUCUUUGAUCCACUGUACCAGCAGUGCUGACUCAGAGGAGCGUCUCAUGAACUGGUUGCUGGGAAAGGAUCGCUACAAUCUGCUCAUCCGCCCGGCGGUCAACAGGAGCGAGAGAGUCCCAGUGAAGCUGCAGGUGUCUCUGGCUCAGCUCAUCAGUGUGAAUGAGAGAGAGCAGAUCAUGACCACAAAUGUCUGGCUCACUCAGCACUGGGUGGAUUACAGGUUAUCAUGGGACCCUGCGAAGUAUGAAGGUAUCGACAAGCUGCGCAUUCCCUCCAGACAUAUCUGGCUACCAGACAUUGUCCUGUACAACAACGCUGAUGGUACCUAUGAGGUAACAGUUUUCACGAAUGCCAUUGUACUCUUCAAUGGCAGCAUCAACUGGCUCCCCCCGGCCAUCUACAAAAGUGCCUGUAAGAUCGAGGUCAAGCAUUUUCCCUUCGACCUGCAGAACUGCACCCUCAAGUUCCGCUCUUGGACGUAUGAUCACACCGAGAUCGACCUGAUCCUGAAGUCUGAGGUGGCUAGUAUGGAUGAUUUUACGCCCAGUGGGGAGUGGGAUAUCCUGGCGCUGCCGGGCAGACGGACUGUCAACCCUCUGGAUCCCACAUAUGUGGACCUCACAUAUGACUUCAUUAUUAAGAGGAAGCCCCUUUUCUACACCAUAAACCUCAUAAUUCCUUGCAUUUUGAUCACCUCUCUGGCCAUUCUGGUCUUCUACUUACCCUCAGACUGCGGGGAGAAGAUGACCCUCUGCAUCUCCGUGCUCUUGGCUCUCACUGUGUUCUUGCUUUUGAUCUCAAAGAUAGUUCCUCCCACCUCAUUGGAUGUGCCCCUGAUCGGAAAGUACCUGAUGUUCACCAUGGUGCUCGUGACUUUCUCCAUCAUCACCAGUGUGUGCGUGCUCAACGUCCACCAUCGCUCCCCAAGCACCCACACCAUGCCUUCCUGGGUCAAGCUGAUAUUCCUCGUCAAACUGCCUGCCUUACUCUUCAUGAGACGCCCUCAAAAUAACUCUGCACGCCAGAGACUUCGCCAGCAGCGGUGUCUACGGGGAAGGACAUCCAUUUUGGGUAUGGGUUACCCAGUCCCAGCCAAAACAGGUAUCACGAUGUCGAAUUCUGACUCUGUCUUCUCUACACCAGGACACAAAACUGUAGUUCCUCCGCUGGGCUACAGCCACUCCAACAGGAAGGGGGACACGCGACCAAAUGAUUACCUUCCCAGUAGUUUCACUUCUACCCAGGACUCCCUGCCGAGAAGCAACUCAGAAUGGGCUGCUAAUGUCCAGGAGGCGGUGAACGGGGUGCGCUUUGUGGCUGAGCACAUGAUGGGAGAUGAUGAUGAUCAGAGUGUGAUAGAUGACUGGAAGUAUGUGGCUAUGGUGGUGGAUCGUAUGUUCCUGUGGAUCUUUGUGAUAGUGUGUGUGACGGGCACCCUGGGCUUAUUUCUGCAGCCUGUCUUCCAGACUCAGAUCGUCCCCAACCAACAGCCCAGCUCAGAGGCUCCACGCAUAUGAUGAACCAUGAAGAACACGGGGCGAGUUUUGAUCAUUUUAUCUUUUUCAGCAAUCAAGAAAUUAGGUUAGGGUAAGUAAUUUGUUUGUGUUUAGUUAAAGCCUAUAACCCUACGGUGAGAUGCAAACCCAUUGUGUACAUCAGUGAAGAGACAUGAUCUUUUUUGUCCCCGGAUAAUCAAAACCACAUGGUCGACAGCAAUAAAACCCUCUACAGCACACAUUAUAUGGUGGAAAUUGUACUUCAGGAAAGGGACCUCAAGUGACAUUAGAGGUCAUUUCCUUUAAUGUCUAAGGACAACUGCAGGCCUGGAUUGAAGGAAGCUUUCACCCCACCGAAGUAUGCUGAACAGUUACAGAAAUGUCUGAGAAGUGACUUUCAGCAAGAUGUUGGGGCAACUGUGACUCAGAAGGACAUUAGUUCAUUACCCCGCCGCUGCAGUCAACACAUCGAUAUGUCCUCCGCCAAGAUACUUAACCCCAAAUUGCUACAGAUGGCAUGGCCAACCGUGUGUGAGUGAGUACGGAUGUUAGUUUCCCUAAGCAGGUGGCACCUUCAGAGGUGUUUUUAUAUGUACAAAAGUGGUGGGGCACGAACAACUUAGAUGUGUAUAUAUAAGCUUCUGGUGCUUUUUUAAACACGUAAACAAAUAGCUGUAGGCUAUCCAUGGUUCCGAUAGAGAGAAAAGGAAAACACAGAUACUCACCACCGAGGUCACAAUAUCAGUUGAUCCAGCAGAGCAAUAGCCUAUAGGCAAAACACAGAAGAUCAACAAAAGAUAUGACAUAAAAUGAACUUACCAAAGCUGAAGUAGAUGGUCAACUUCAUUCACUUUCUUUCCGUUGUACUGAUUGUAAUCGCUAUACGCUCUCUCUCGUCUCCUCUUCACUACAGGGUGAAAACUACACUUUUCGCGGCACACGUACUUACAGCCAAUCAGCUCUCUGAAUUAUGAGAUGACGUUUGGUAGGUAUGCCAGCACUAUGCCCCACUGGUGAUUAUUUUUUUGCCGCACACAUUGAAUAGAAAAAUACUCUGAGCAUGCGCAGUGUAGUUUUUACAGCACCCAUUCAUUUAGAUAGCAGAGAGAGGGGCUUGCCCCACAUCGCUCAACACGGCUCAAUAGGCACACUGUGGACACUAAUUGGAAGAACACAGACUAAAACAGCAAUGUACAGAUGAAUCACCUGUGCCCCACCUGCUCCUAAUGACGAGUCGCCACU